GAGCUUUCCACGACCGUGCAGGAGCAAAACAACUGGUCAUGAGGUCAUGAGCAGAGGUGUUUGUCUACCCCAAUGGAGCCCAUUUAUCUCUUCCGGAACCUGCUACGUCAAGCCUCCAUUCUUUUCGAUGAUGUCGCCCGUGCCCAUACCGCCAAACUUAUCACAAGCGGCUUUCGAAGAAAUCAAAAGUUAGAGGAUGCUUGGAUUAUCCACGAAAAAAUCAAAAAAGGUCGUCAGGCUUUAUCACUUCUACGACAGGCAAAUUCUGGGGAGCCCAAACCACUGAGGAAGGUUCUAGACCUGGCGUACGGGAGAGACGGUCACCGGAGGCGUGAGCUUUUACAGCCCAUUCUUGAUAGAGCCACAAGCUCCGACCCUCUUAUACCCGGCGUGCCUCGUACAGCUCCUCCGCCAAUCUCGGACGAAUUGAUGGCGUUGAUGAAGCAUCAGGUUGGAACGACAAUCCACAGAGCUGAACCUGAGAUACCGAAAUUUAAUGCUUGGGGGCGACCCAUGCCCAAACGUCGUGUGGCUAAUAUGUUGCGCCGACAUAGGGAAUAUGUACUUAGACGAUUGCUUCCUCCCCUGCCAGAGGAAAUGAUCCAGAGGCUAGAGAGAUUCGUUCGUGGAGCGGAAGAGCCAGUGCUGCCAAGGCGCAAGAUCAAGCCUACCCCCACUGCUCAAGACUCUGGCCGCAAAUUAUCUCCGAGGUUCAAAAGGAGGGCGUACAAGAAAAUCGUCAUUAAUACCCCUCUCAUGAAUAUCAAUGAGAAAACCCAAAAGCCCGUAGCUUAUUGGUCAGAUGUUGCGAAGGGCCCGCCAAUCGAAACCGGAAAGCUGUGGGAUUUUGAGGGUCUCAAGAAACCGGAGGUGCAGAAGCCUGGAAGGACAAAGGCAAGAAUUCUUAAAGAGGAGGGAUCCAAGGAUGGAAAGCAGAUGCUACCCAACCAGAGGGACGGAGAGGUAGGAUCACUCAAAGAAUCAGAGGAUCGGGUCUCUGCAGAACCGGAAGAAGUACCUGGAGAAGUGGAGGAAGUUUAUUAUGAAGAUGGGGAGGACGAGGAGCCCAAAGAACCCGAGGAGCGAGUCCCCGCAGAACAGGACGAAGUGCCCAGAGAAGUAGAUGGGGAGGAUAGAGGACCUAAAGAGCGAGAGUGGGAAAGGUCCAAAAAGCUCGAUAGGCGGGAUAUGAAAAGGAAGUGA